AUGCCAGUGCUCGCGCCCGAUGCUGAGUCAGAAACAGGUAUCCCGAAAUCCCCCUCUGAGGCGCGGCGCUCGGAGGCCAUGGAGGAGCUGGAGCACACCUGCCCCCAGCCUCGCCUGACUCUGACGGCACCUGCUCCAUUUGCGGAUGAAACAAGCUGUCAGUGCCAAGCACCCCAUGAGAAGCUAACCAUUGCACAAGCCCGCCUGGGAACACCAGUUGAUAGACCUGUGAGAGUGUAUGCAGAUGGGAUAUUUGACCUCUUCCACUCUGGCCAUGCUAGAGCUCUUAUGCAAGCCAAAACUCUAUUCCCAAAUAGCUACUUAUUAGUAGGAGUUUGCAGUGAUGAUUUAACUCAUAAAUUCAAAGGCUUCACUGUGAUGAAUGAAACUGAGCGAUAUGAAGCCCUCAGACACUGUCGUUACGUGGAUGAGGUCAUCAGAGAUGCACCGUGGACACUGACACCCGAGUUCCUUGAAAAACAUAAGAUUGACUUUGUAGCCCACGAUGACAUCCCGUACUCCUCUGCUGGCUCGGAUGAUGUAUACAAACACAUAAAGGAGGCAGGAAUGUUCAUACCAACUCAGAGAACCGAAGGUAUCUCAACAUCGGAUAUCAUCACAAGGAUCGUCCGGGACUAUGACGUGUAUGCCCGGCGCAACCUCCAACGGGGAUACACCGCCAAAGAGCUGAAUGUUAGUUUUAUAAAUGAGAAGAAAUACCGCUUUCAAAACCAAGUGGACAAAAUGAAAGAAAAAGUCAAGAAUGUGGAGGAAAAAUCAAAAGAAUUUGUUUACAAGGUGGAAGAGAAGAGCCAUGACCUCAUUCAGAAAUGGGAAGAAAAGUCAAGGGAAUUUAUUGGCAACUUUUUAGAGCUGUUCGGACCCGAUGGAGCCUGGAAGCAGAUGUUCCAGGAACGAAGCGGACGAAUGCUCCAGGCUUUUUCUCCCCGGCAAAGCCCAAACAGCAGUCCUACGCGGGGCCGUUCUCCAUCCCGUUCUCCAUCUCCACCCUGGGUCUUCAAUAAAGCUUCCCCUCCCUCUUCUCCAAAAGCUGCCUCUGCCUCCCUCAGCAGCAUGAGCGAGGGAGAUGAGGAUGAAAAGUAG